GGGGCGGGACCUUGACGGACCCGCCCCCACUUGCGGCGGAAUGUGAAUUGCGCCGCGCACAGCCCUCGGUUGGGGACCAGCAUGGAAGCUCCGCGAGCCGGCCUUGGGGCACAGGCUCCCUGGAAGGAGAUGUCUGCAGAGGAGCUGGAGAAGCAGUAUUCGCCCAGCAGGUGGGUUGUCCGAAUGGAACCAGAGGAAGCCCUGAGGACCUUCUGGGAGAAGGGAACUGAAGUCACCAGGAGUGCCCAGGCCAGCAGGCAGUGCCAGCUGCAUGUCCCCUAUGGGGAUGGCAGAGGGGACAGAAUGGACAUCUACUUCCCUGACACGGAGUCGGAAGCCUUUCCCUUCCUCCUCUUUUUCCAUGGAGGCUACUGGCAGAGUGGAAGUAAAGACCAGUCAGCCUUCAUGGUCAACCCGCUGACAACACAGGGAGUGGCCGUGGCGAUAGUGGGUUACGACGUAGCCCCCAAAGGGACCCUCGACCACAUGGUAGACCAGGUGACCCGAAGCAUAGUGUUCAUCCAGAAGCAGUAUCCGAGCAAUGAGGGGAUCUACCUGUGUGGACACUCUGCGGGAGCCCACCUGGCCAGCAUGAUGUUCCUGGCCAGCUGGACCGAGCAUGGAGUGGCGCCCAAUCUCAGAGGCUUUUUCCUGGUGAGUGGGCUCUAUGACCUGGAGCCCAUCGUGUCCACCUCGAACAACGCCCUGCUCCUCAUGACCCUGGAGGAUGCUCAGAGGAACAGCCCACAGCGGCGGCUGCACAGGGCCCCGGCUCCGCCUGCGGAUCCAGCCUGCCCCGUCCUGGUGAUGGUGGGUGAGCACGAGUCCCCAGAGUUCCACCGACAGUCCUGGGAGUUCUGCCAGACCCUGUGCCGAGGAGGGUGGGAAGCCUCGUUUAAAAAACUGCCCGAUAUGGAUCACUUUAGUAUCAUUGAGAAUCUGACCAAGAAGGACUACGUGGUCACCCAGAUCAUGGUGAAAACAAUCUUCCAGGAGCUCUGAUGAUGCUGGACUGUGGCCUCUGAGCAACCACCAUGAGAGCCGUCAGAGCUGAGGUGACUGUCUGCCCUGGGCGUGAGCCAUUCUUCUCCCUGCUAUGAGCACCGCUCAGAAUCUACCAGCCUGGAUGCGCACCAGGGAAGGUCCGCAGGGCCGUGCUGUGAGAUGCCUUGGCCAUGUCGGAACCCCAUCUGGCCCCACUUCCUCCAGGCCCAGCGCAGUCUGCAGUGUUUCCAUAGAGCCCGCCCCCACUCGCCGCUGUCAGGGGCUCCGGGUGCGCGCGUCAGCCGAGCGAGCGUGUGGACACACGCAGCGGACGCCUUCGCGCGUGCGCGCCCACACUGCGCGGAUCCGGGAGGGCAGGCUGCCCCGAGCGGUUCCAGGCCCGGGGAGCCCGAGUUUGCAGGACGAAAGGGCUAAACACAGAUGGACUCGCCCACUCCUGGAACCUGUCGCGGAGGCCGCAGCCGAUCCUUACGCGAUUCUCUCGCCCACUCCGAGGCGAGGCCCAGGAGCGCAGAACACCACUCCCAGCACACCCCGCGCUACUUACUCCCAGAAAGCCGCGGGCAGGGCGUUCCCGGCAUGCGUUGCGUCGCUCGCUCCCAGAAGCGCGGGGGCGGACGUGGGGGCGGGGCGUUCCCGACACGCCCCGCGGCGCGGCGCUACCCGCGGAUUUGAAUCUUACAACCAGGCUCUGACUGCGGCGG